UUUAUUAAUACUACUACAUUAUUAUUACAUUAUAAAUUAUUCAUAUUUAAUCAUUAUUUUAACUUGAUUUGAUAAUGUCUUGGUUAAAAAAGGAGAGAAAACCUAUGGUUCCAUUAAAAACUUUGGAUAUAAUAUUUAGACGUCGUUAUGUGCUAAACACGCAGCAUUAUUUUGCUAAUAGGAAGCAUGCUUUAUCGGUAGAAAAAGAGAAAACAAAACGACUGCACCCAUUUCGUUUACCGAGAUCAGAAAAGUUGCUCUCUUAUAUAAAAUAUAGUGAUAGAAGAGAAAAACAGACUAUAAAGAACAGGUUAGCACAACCGCUAUUUCUAAAAGAUAAUUUUAAAAUAGCCGCAACUAGAGAUAUUUCUAAACGGUUAUUUAUUGAAGAUACACCAGACGAUGUGAAAGCAGUUGUUGAAAUGCAUCCUGAAUUUUACACUGUUAUUGAAGGCCGUCCUUUAAGAUGCUUUGAUGAUAUUAAAGUAUAUUUAAGUAAUAUUCGUAGUUACGCUAUGAGUAGACAACAAAUUGGAUACCGUCGUGAUUUGAUAUUGAAGAUCGAGCAAAGUGCUGUAGAAGAAUCAAAGGAGUAUGAUGUAAUUGUCGAAAAUCUGAAAAUACAUAUUAAAGAUUUUCAAAAAUUUUUAACAGAAGAUUACAAAAAAGCAUGUUCUAAGGUGUCAAGGGCAGACAAAAUCUAUACAGAAUUAGUGACUAAGAAUUCUGAGUUCCUUGGGUACAUUUCUACUUUGACUAUAUUAAAUAAUAUUUUAUUCAAAUUAGAUGCCAUUAGAAGCAUAUUGAAAAUUUAUCGUAGUUAUUUAAUAUUUGUAGCUCCUUUAUCCUGGAGACAACAAAAUGAUGAAAAUUUGAAAGGCAGAAUUCAAUCGAUUCAAUUCGAGUCAGGUGAAUUUAUGAUUGAUAAUGACUUAGUAGAAACUUUAGACAUUGAUAAAAUGGUUGAAGUUGCGAAGAGUGAAUUAAAGAACCCACCUAUAGCUUGUUUGUAUUUCCAAAAACCUGAGCAAAUGAUUUAUAUGUUCCGUACAAUGGAAUUACAAAGUAGAGAAUAUUUAACACAGCUUGCAAAAACAGACAUUCCAUUUCGCUUAUUGCAAGAUCGCAUAAAGCAGUUGAAGCAAGCAACAAAACAAGAACUUGAUUAUUUCCAAUAUUAUAUCGAUAGCAUCAAUAACGAAAUUGCUAGAGAAUGUUACAAUGAAAAUCAUUUACAAGAAAAGUUUUUCAGAAUAUUAAAUGAAACUUUUUAUGACAGUGUAGCCAGUCCCGGUACCUUGAAGUUGAAAAUAUAUAUUGAGUAUGUUUAUGAGCAGGUAUUGGGCAAAUGUGAAGAAGGCCACCAAAACUUACAUGAUCCUAUGAAAAUAUUAGAAGUAAUGUACGAAGACUAUAAUUUACGUCUAGAUUCUUUAGAUUUUAAAAUUGUUAAACAAGCUCAAAGCGACUUCUUUGCCCAAGACUUGAAAAUGAUGAGAAAUGCAUUUAAAGCUCAGAGGGAAUUGAGAGCAUUUAGAGAAAUGACUACUGCUAUGAAUAAGGCUUUCUUACCUUCAGCAAGACGUACUAAACUUGUUUUUAAUAAGUUUUUAGAUAAAAAAAGUAGAAAGGCGUUAAUGAAGGCGGAGAAAAGUAAAUCGCAAAUGUUUAAUAGCGAACGAAAGAAACAUAAAACAUAUAAAUUAAGUCAAGAAGAAAAGGACGGACUGCUACUCUUUACAGAAUGGUGUGAAGGUACAAAUCCAGCACCCUAUUUACAAGAAUACUAUUCAUUUAUUAAACCAGUAUUCGAAUGGGAGCCACGUAAAUCUAUUAAGUCUUGAUUUCGAGACUUAUUGUUUAUAAAUUAUGUUGUAAGUACCUGUAAUAAACUGGUGUAAUA